AUGGCCGAGUUUGUGGAGAUGAUUCUCGCCCAGCUGAUCGGCAACAUCUCGACAGCGCUGAUCCUCGUCCUCAUCUACUUUAAUUUUCUUCUGUUUGAGAACUACCUGCGCCUCAUUGUAUGGGCCAUCCUAUGCAGCCAAGCGCUGCGUCAAGCCAAGAAUAAUGUCGUCUCAGUGCUAGAAUACCUCAGCGACGACGCCGAUGUGGAACGCUACGGCUUCCUGACGUGCGUAUUCUCCAAGUCGACAGGGAUUUUCAUCAGCCACCCGCACGAUGGUUCGCGUCGCACGGCCAAGGAGAUCUUUCUCAACUACGGCAUCUUUCUCUUCUCGCUCAUUGGUGCUGUGUCCAUAUGGAUGCGUAUGUACUCGUGGAUGUCUUUCCUGAACAUCAUCAUCGGCUUCUGGAUCGCGGCAUUGAGUCUUAUCAAGAUCCUGGAUCGUCGUAUCUUCUACUACCGCUACUUCUUCUCCGACGAGGUGCUUGUGUCAGUGCUGCUCAUACUCGGCUUCUUCAUCACGGGUGCAUUCGUCAUCCUCUUUCUCGGCUCCGAGAGCUACUUAGAAGGAAGUCGAGCUGCUACGGAUUUGUCCGAUUGGGUCCAAGUCAACUUUAUAAAUGACGAGCGUACGCGACAAGUCUGGAGCGAGCAGGUGGAGAACAGCCGUGCUAUGAUCUCACAGGCUGUCAGUGGCGUCGAGGACAAAUACAAUGAUACGAUGUGGUGGCCACCGCUGAAAAGUUUGGUGAAGACGUACUACGUGGAUGCCAAGUCUAGCGACGGGAAUGUUACAUCACAUACGUCACUAUUUUCCAGGCUGAGACUUCCCGAAAACAUGACGCUUGUACAAGCGGUGUCUUUCGCGUACUCCAAAGUGGACUCGGUAAACUUAACGUCAGUGCAGCUCACCGACUGGACGUCCAAGGGGCUUGAAGUUAGCAGCAUUGCUGUUGGGUCGGUGGCUCAAUUGGUGUUCCUCGUCUUCACACUGGUGAUUGCGUUUGUGAGUCUCGGCAUUCGCUCCUUUUUCUUCAUUUCGUCGCUGUUUUAUCUGCUAUGUACGAACUGGGAUCCUAUCGAGAGGUUUGUGGAAGAUCUACUUCCCAUACAAAUCGAUAAACGACCAGACGUUGUCAGGUCUCUUCGCAAGGUGAUUGAGGGCGUCUUCUUCUUGCCACUGAAGAUGGCAAGUAUUCACGCGAUCGUGACGAUGGUUUCGUUCACCAUUGUGAACGCUGACUUCAUGUAUCUCGCAACGACAGUCACGUUCUUCAUCUCUAUCGUGCCAAUCAUCCCGCCGUACUUGGUAUGCGUUCCAUGGGUUAUCUCAAUUGGACUGACGUCCUCAAUCAUAAAGGCACUUGCCCUCUUUGCAGUUCAGUACGUGGCUUUCACAGUGCUGGAUGAGAUGCUCUAUGAAAAGAGUAUUGUGGCUUUGAAUGCCUACGUGUCUGCCUUGAGUGUGGUGUUCGGAGUCUACGUCUUCGGGUUUGAGGGUGUCAUUUUCGGUCCGUUGAUCGUGUGUGGAGUGACUUUUGCAUACGACGUGUCGAACCACGGUAUCCAAGCUGCACAAGACGAAUACGGCAAAGCCGACGAUGCGAGGCAAGAUGCAUUGGACUGCAGCGACGCAGAAGGAUCACAUAGUACUGCUUCCUCUUUUGACGGAGACGAACGCGUCAAAGAGAAAGUAUUCAACAACCGAUUGGAAGAGGAAGAGAUCGACCAGGGGACCAAUAUUUUCUCGAAUGCGAUGUAUCGCGUAAUAUCUGGCCCGCUGGUGGAUCGUGUGCGUCGUCGUUUAUCAAUUGACAUCGCUACAGAAGGAUCCGUAUGCGUGACCUUUGUCAUUGAAGGCUUGAAACACAGUCGAAAGGUCCGCUUCGUGGUGAACAAGUCGUGGUCCCUGAAGACUCUCUACGAUAAUAUCCGUCGGAUGCUACACGUCCACAGUAUCGAGUGUAUCCGCUCUGCAGAUGGAGUGGAAGUGCUGUCUCCACUUCACAUUAUGGCCGAUGAAGUUCUGUAUGUGAAGGUUCGAUCAAAGCAUCGGCUGCACCAUUAUUCAGACUCGUACACGGACCCACAGACGCGAGUUUCCUUCCCUGUUCGCACUUUAUCUCCAUCGUAUCACGGGCUUCGAACAAGUAUAACCUCACUACCGGGCAAUCCUGAUAAAUCUUCCCGGACAAGCACCGGAUCAGAACCUCCUCGAGCUAAGCUGAAACGAACGGGAUCUUUAAGCCCUGUUGGGGUCACACACGGCGCCACUGUGGCACAACGUCAAGUUCACGAAAUUUUACAGCGCAAGAGUGGAGGAGUGACAAUUCAAUACGAAGGAGGUAUGAAGAGGAGAGGAAGUUACAGCGGCGUAAGCGGGAGCUCCGUGCAACUACCAGCUGUUCCUAGAUCGACAAGUAACUCGUCUUCACGAGUUGCACAGCCAGCUCCGAGCCCGCUGGCUAUUAAAAAUUUAGCGACAUCGACCUCUUCGUUAGCACAAGACUACGAUUAUACGAUGGAUCAGUCGCCUCCCAACAGUUUGAAGAAGGGAAAAUUGAAGCUGAAUUUGGACUUGAGCGACUCGGGAAGCUUUUCGACGUCACCAGUAUCAUGCGAGGCCCCAGCGAAGCGUAGGGUUUCCGUGAAGACACGUCAAGGCGCAAAAUUGAUGUUCUCACCGCUUGCAGUCGACCCGAAGAAAGUACAAGCAAGAAGCUACUCGUCAUCAGAGAGUGGUGACGAGGACAACGAGCAGGAUCAGUGA